UUAAAAAAUUUAAAAUGCGGAUUGCAAUAAUCGGUCAGAGCAAAUUUAGUGCUGAUACAUUAAAAAUAUUAAAAAACAAUGGUUAUAAUAUAUGUGGGAUUUUUUGCAUAGAAGAUAAAAAUGGGAAACCCGAUGAUUUAGCCAAAGAAGCAACUAAUUUGAAAAUACCAGUUUUCAAAAUAAAAAAAUGGCGAAAUGGAAAAUUGAUAAUUCCUGAAAUAUUUGAUUUAUAUAAAAGUAUCAAGCCAGAUUUAAACAUUCUUCCAUUUUGUUCCCAAUUUAUUCCUAUGGAAAUAAUACUUUAUCCACAAUAUAAAUCAAUAGUUUAUCACCCAUCACUGUUACCAUUACAUAGAGGUGCAUCUGCCAUAAAUUGGACACUUAUGAAUGGUGAUAAAUUGGGUGGCUUUACCAUUUUUUGGGCUGAUGAUGGACUUGAUACAGGCUCAAUAUUAUUACAAAAACAAACAGAGAUAGAAGAAAAUGAUACUGUUGAUACAUUAUAUGCAAGAUUCCUUUUUCCUGAAGGUGUUAAUAGUCUACUCGAAGCUGUCAAGUUAAUAGAGAACCGAAAAGCCCCAGCGAUUCCCCAAAACGAUGAAAUGGCCACUUACGAUCCUAUGUGGACCAAAGUAGAAAAUUGUGCCAUUAAUUGGGAUCAACCGGCUCAAAGAAUACACGAUUUUAUUAGGGGGAACGAUAAAAAGCCCGGUGCUUGGGCCGUUUUGGCUGAUGAAAGUUGUGAGGGAAAGAAAAUUACUUUUUAUUCUUCGGUGUUGUGGAAAAGUUUUAAAGUUCCGGUUGGAUCAAAGAUGUCUCUCUUAAAUUGCAAACGCCCUGCUAUAAUUCACGCCGACGGAUUAAUCGUAUUUGGCAAUGAUGAUAAAAUGGUAAACAUCAAACAAGUUUCCCUGGACGGUAAACUCAUGCCUAGCAAUUCCCUGAAAGAUCAUUUAAUAGAAAUGGCUGACAGCGGUGUUAGCGAGACUUCGAUAAAUGGCGAAACGGGUUUAAGCGAAACUGAACUUGAGGUAAAAUCAAUGCUCCUCUUAAUUUGGCAAAACAUUUUGGGACAAACGAAUUUUGAAGAGAAUUUGGAUUUUUUUGCGGCCGGAGCCGAUUCUAUGGACGUUAUACGAUUAACUGAAGAAAUCAAAGACAAAUUAUCUAUAGAGCUGAUAAAUGAAGACAUUUACAUGAACCCAACAUUUAAAGAAUUCGUUAAUUUCGUCACUUAUAAAUCUAGAAAUAGUGACAGCUGUAAAAAGGGCCUAGACAUUGAAUAUGACCCGAUCGAACUUGACAUCAACGAUCUCCACCUAAAAUUUCCCCAUCAAUUAUACAUUAACGGGGAAUUCGUAAAUUCCCACGAUGGGUCCGAAUAUUACACCGUAAAUCCUUUCGACGAAUCGAUAAUAUGUACCGUGUCCGAGGCUACCAAAGAGGACGUUACGAAUGCAGCUAAGGCGGCUCAUGAUGCAUUUUACAAAGGCCCAUGGGGUCAAUUGAACUCUCGCGAAAGAGGAGUACUACUCUACAAACUAGCUGACUUAAUGGAAAGCCACAAAGAAGAGCUUGCAAGUCUCGAAUGCAUCGAUUCUGGUGCGGUGUAUACCGUAGCCCUUAAGACUCAUGUGGGGAUGAGCAUCGAAACUCUCAGAUACUUUGCUGGUUGGUGCGAUAAGAUUCAGGGUAGCACCAUACCUAUAAACAAUGCCCGUCCCAACGCCAAUUUGACUUUUACCAAAAAGAUUCCCAUAGGAGUGUGCGGUAUUAUUACCCCUUGGAAUUACCCUUUGAUGAUGCUCUCUUGGAAAAUUUCGCCUUGCUUGGCCGCCGGUAAUACCGUGAUCGUUAAACCUGCUCAAGUUACUCCUUUGACUGCCCUGAAAUUCGCAGAGCUUUCACACCUAGCUGGCUUUCCAAAAGGUGUCAUCAACAUCUUACCAGGAUCAGGUAAAAUUUGCGGCGAAGCCUUACUCAACAAUCCACUGAUUAGGAAAAUUGGCUUUACGGGGUCUACCGAUAUAGGCAAACACAUUAUGGAAAGUUGCGCGAGAUCGAAUCUCAAAAAAUGCUCAUUGGAGCUGGGAGGAAAAUCACCACUAAUCAUACUCGCUGAUUGUGACAUUGAUAAAGCUGUUAAAUUGGCUAUCAGUAGUACAAUGUUCAAUAAAGGUGAGAACUGCAUAGCAGCAGGCCGCAUUUUUAUCGAGGAACCCAUAUAUGAUUCAAUGAUUAGCAAGUUGAUUGAAGCUGCAGCUAAAAUAAAAAUAGGUGACCCUUUUGAUAGAUCAUCUCAACACGGUCCACAGAAUCAUUUGAGACAUUUGGAAAAGCUUCUAGAUUACAUACAAAGGGGCAUUUUAGAAGGUGCCAAAUUAGUAUACGGUGGUAAACGUGUGAAUUUACCCGGUUAUUUCCUCCAACCUACUAUAUUUGUGGACGUCGACGAUCAUAUGUUUAUCGCGAAAGAAGAAUCAUUCGGGCCGAUCAUGAUAAUCUCCAAAUUUAAAACUAACGACAUAGAUAACGUGUUGAAUCGAGCCAACAAAACUGAGUAUGGGUUAGCAUCGGGCGUUAUAACUAAUAAUAUAAGCCGCGCCCUUUACAUCAGUGAUAAAUUGCAAUCGGGAACUGUAUUCGUUAAUACCUACAAUAAAACAGAUGUCGCUGCACCAUUCGGCGGCAUAAAACAAUCUGGUUUCGGGAAAGAUUUAGGUGAGGACGCCUUGAAAGAAUGGCUCAACGUUAAAACGGUGACAAUAGAAUAUUAAAAUGUAAAAGGUUCUCUUGGAAAUAAUUAAUAACCGGUCCAAAACAUUAUUUUUUUAAUGAAUCCUUUUUUAAAAAUUAUUAAUUUCAAUUUAUAUAAUAUUUUAAACCGGUAUUUUUUUUAUAAACAAUUCAUAUUUUUAUAUAACAGCGAUUUUAUAAUUAGGGAAAUUUACAAAAGGAUUGGUUUAA